UUACCUACGUCCUUGCCCCACCCCGUACAGUAUAGCACAAUUCUUCAUCAAGAUCAAGGAAGAAGUUGCUUUCAGGUUCCCAGUUCCUCAUUCAAAGCGGAGGUGCAGAAUCAAGAACUGGAAGGUGGGGAUCUGUGCUCCUCACAAGGGAAGACAAACUGGUAAACUUUUGACUGCAGGAGAAGUUUCGUUUGGUGUCAGAGAAACUGCCGCUCCCCACAGUGCCCUCGCUGGUUAUCCUGUCCUGCCGGAAAACGCUGAUUUUCGAAGUGAGCCAUCACUUUGUGAUCAUGAAGCUGGUUGUCUUCAUACUGGCUCUGGCCUCCUUUUGCCAUGCUCUGGAGAAUGGGCUCAUGAGAACACCUCCAAUGGGUUGGCUUGCAUGGGAGCGAUUUCGUUGUAAUAUUGACUGCAAAACAGAUCCUCAGAACUGUAUCAGUGAGAAGCUAUUCAUGGAAAUGGCAAACUGCCUGGUGACUGAUGGCUGGAAGGAUUUGGGCUAUGUGUAUGUAAACAUAGAUGACUGCUGGAUGGCAAAGGAGCGGGAUGCCAAAGGACAACUGGUUCCGGAUCCUGAGAGGUUCCCUAGUGGGAUCAAAGCCUUAGCGGAUUAUGUGCAUUCACUGGGGCUGAAGCUUGGCAUUUAUGGUGACCUUGGUAACCACACCUGUGGUGGGUACCCUGGCACUACACUGGAUCGGAUUGAACAGGAUGCUUUAACAUUUGCAGAAUGGGGAGUAGACAUGCUGAAGCUAGAUGGCUGCUACUCGUCAGCAAAAGAUCAGGCUGAAGGUUAUCCUCGAAUGACCAGAGCUCUGAAUGCAACAGGCCGCCUUAUUGCCUAUUCCUGUAGUUGGCCAGCAUAUCGAGGGGGGAUUCCACCUCAGGUAAACUACACCCUCCUGACCAACAUCUGUAAUCUCUGGCGAAACUAUGAUGACAUCCAAGACUCUUGGGACAGUGUCCUCUCCGUUGUGGAUUGGUUUUCAAAGCAUCAGGAUGAUCUCCAACCACAGGCUGGCCCUGGCCACUGGAAUGAUCCAGACAUGCUAAUCAUUGGAAACUUUGGUCUCAGUGAGGAACAGUCUCAGUCCCAGAUGGCCUUAUGGACUAUCCUUGCUGCUCCACUGUUCCUAUCAACAGACCUCCGUACCAUUUCUCAAAGUUCUCAGGAGAUUCUACAGAACAAGCUAAUGAUCAAAAUCAACCAAGAUCCCCUGGGAAUCCAGGGACGCAGAAUCCUUCAGGAGAAAUCUCACAUAGAAGUGUUCUUGAGGCCACUCUCCCACUCAGCCAGUGCUCUGGUUUUCUUCAGCCGGAGGACAGACAUGCCAUACCAUUACACCACCUCCCUUGCCCACCUCAAUUAUACACAUAAUGCCAUCUAUGAGGUACAAGAUGUCUACACUGGUGACAUAAUCAGUGGGUUGAAGAUUGCUGACAAUUUCACGGUGGUCAUUAACCCCUCUGGGGUAGUAAUGUGGUACCUCUACCCAAUACAGUACCUAGACCAGCCUUUCCCCUUUAGGAACAAGCUUCAUAAAUCUGCAGCCAAGAAAUUCCAUCCUUUUCCACUGUGAUGUCAAAAUGCCAAAUGAAUCAUCGGUAUGGUAUCUUAGCAAAGUUGUGCAAGUUGAUAAUUUACACACAGCUUCUGGGUACUAAUGAAGACAGUGUAUAUCUACCUCAGUGGGCUAUGGGAAAAUGAGUUACUUGAAGAAUCACAAGCCUUAAUGAUUGCUUGGUAUUGUAAAAUUAUCAUAUGUAUAUAAAAAUAUUCAUAGUGUAGUUUAGAUAGCCUAAUGAAACAGAAAUUUGAAAGUAUUCUUACAAUUCUCAAUGAACUGCUAAAAUAUAUGUUUAAUACCCAAUGGAGAAUGAUUUCCUGAGAGCAACUACAUGCUACUGUGCCUGCAUACCAGGCCUAAAUGCAAGUCUUUUUCAAAUGUGCAAUAGUAGUGGAAACACUAUUACUUGUAAUAGUGGAAGCUUGUCAGUUUUAUGAAAAGGAAGCUACUCAAUAUGUUUUUCUACAAUUAUACUGUUUGGGAAAGGUUGAAUCAUAUUUCCAAGCGCAGGGGGUGUAUCAGACCAAAAGUCCUUUAAGUCCAGUGGUGGCCUACAAUUGCCUCUUGCAUAUUCCACUUGUAACAUUCCCCAUUCUUCCCUGAGAACACGGUUUUAAGGAGAUGGCAAUCUAUGUUCAGAUGCUGCAUCAAGUAGAAAACACCUGUAUACUUGCAUAAGCGUGACUUGUACUACUCAACAGAUACAUUAGAAUUAACUGGCUGUAGUUCCUGAAUGCAAACCUACAUGUACAAUAUUAGGCUACUAUAAUAAAGAUAAGGGGGUUAGAGCUUAACAGAGAGACUUUCAUCUAGUGCAAGAAGUUUUCUAAAGGCCCAUAAGGCAAUAAGGGCCUAUUCAGCAUUUCCCGUUACCCAUGGGAAAAUACCAUUUCUAGUGGAGCAGAGCAGAUCAUCAGGAGACAACCCAUGACUUUCAUGAGCAACUUCCAUACCUCAUUCACAUUUUGUCCUGUAACUUAGUUCACUUAUCAGUUACUGAAUCAGAUUUGGAAUAAAAGGAUAGUCAUAGAAGGCCAUGACAGUCCAAAAAAAUUCACAAUCAAACCUUGGACAUUCAGCACUUUUGACAAAAGGAUGUAUUUCAGGAUGCUGUUGGACCAGAGAAAGCAGGUCAGCUUUGUUAUUGACAAGACUUCUGCUUUCAUUUGAACAGCAAAUAGAACAACACAACUUCUUUUUGAGAGUCAUUGUGAUGUGGCAAAAUCCAAUCUGCAAAAUGGCAGUUUGAUUCCCUGCUCUUCCACAUGAAACCUGUUGAAUGAUCUUGGGCCAGGCAGUUCUCUCAGACCUCUUUCAGCCUCACCUACCUCACAAGGUGUCUGUUGUGGGGAAAGGAAGGAGUUUGUAAGCUGCUUUAACACUCAUUGCGGUAGAGAAAAGUGGGGUAUAAAUCCAGCUCUUCUUUCUUUAGGACAGAAGUUCUGCCAGUUAUUGGGGGACGGACUCAUUUUCAUAUGCCAGCUUUAUGGUUAUCUUUCAAAUAGUAGCAUAGAGAGAAUAUACAUACAGAUAGUUACUAUAAGGCUAUCGUCAGUUCUAAUGCCAUCCUUACCUAUUUUUUUAAAAUGAACACGUUAAGCACAGCAGCAUAACAGGAAAACAAAUAGCUAUGAAUUUUUCUAAGGAGUGGUAAAAAUUCAUCUAUGAAAAAAAUAGGUCAGAAGGCAAGCUUGGAGUUAAAAUAGUUUUGAAAAGGUUAUUGGAGUACUGUCUAAAAACUUAACACACGACAAGGAUAGUCCUAUCAGAAGACGGCAUUUAGUUUGGGGAACAGACUGUACAGUUACCAAUGUUCUGUAGUGCACUUAACAUCCUCAAUCUGUUUUAGGUGACUUCAUGUUAUAUAAAACAAAUACUGUACAUCACAUGAUAAACAUGCAGUUAUCAAAACUGGUGCAAACUUGAAUUUGUGUUGGCCAAAAUCAAGUAUUAUUGGAAAAUGUUGGUACUUGCCAGCCAUCUGAUGCUACUUUUUGUUUGUCUGCUUGUAACUUUUAUGCAUUUGUCUCUGGAAUAAAGAGAAUUUAAGACAC